AUGGCAUCUAGUUGCAAAAAGAGGAGAUUUCGAGAUCCUCAAAGCGUGGAAAGAAGCAUUGACAACGUGCGAAAUGCUAUUCCACAAACAACGCGUUAUAAAAAUCGUUGGGGAGUUCGUAUAUUUGAAGAUUCGCAAAGUGGGCGAGAAAAUAAAGUAGUCAUGUGUGAGAGCAAUCCUUUCAGCUUAGAUUUGCAGAAUUUGCAAAAUUUGGAGACAGAAUUGUGUUCAAUGACGGCAAGAACGUUAAACUUCUGGCUUAUCAAAUUUGUUCAAGAAGUUUGCGACAAGGAUGGCAAGCCAUAUCCCGGGCGUACAGUAUACCAAAUUAUAUGCUCGUUGAAACGACAUCUAGACAAAAAUGGCCGGGCUGAAGCUAACAUGUUAAAUGCUAACAAUCACUGGUAG